GCCUAUACAAGGUGCCGCAUAUUAACUUCUGAAGAGCUGCAUGUGGCUCCGGAGCCACAGGUUGGCCACCCCUGACCCAGGAUCUCUGUCUGGAGUGCCCAGCUCUGGGCCUACUUCCUCCUUUCCUUCCACUCCCCUAGGCUUGGUGUUUCCCACAGGUGUGGCAAGGCCAGCUUCAGCCACUGUGUCCCGGUCAGAUCAUUAACCCCUUCCCUCCUUUCUCAAGCAGGGGGUUUGUGCUCCUUGACACACUAAUGCACUGGGUGUGUCUGGAAUGUUUCAUUUUCUCUGCCAGAUUCUGGAUUUUACACUUAUUAGUGGUUACAGGCCUGACUGCUCUCAUCCACCUGGGCCACUGUGAAGUUCUGUCCUUGUGUCAUCAGUGCAUUUGAUCACAGAUGAAUUCACACUAACCCUGGGAAUGUAAAAGAUGUUAACGGAGUCCAGGACCCAAGUCUGACAGAGAAAUAGAAAGAACUCUGCUUGGAGCCUUUGCCCACGGGACAUUUUCCCCCUAUCCCUCAGAGUGAAGCUUUCUCUGAAGACUGCCAAGGCACAGCAGAAGCUUUUUAGAUGGCUAGACUGCCUCUGAUUUCAGGAGCACAUGCUCAGGCUUGGAAGGAUUCAAUUUUUGUUAUCAGUAAAUGUUAACAAACAUCGAUGUCACCACACACAGACAAACCGGUGAACAAAUGUUUCCAGUGGUGAUAACAGAAAUUUACAGAUAGGCAAAGUAAGACAAAUGCUGCUUGGGAACUUCAGAGUCAGUUUGAAGGAUGUUUACUCUGUAUGUUCUGACGUGAUGCUGACAGUUCGUGCUUUGAUGGUUAUAACAUUUUAAUUUUUUGAAUAUCGGGGGCUACUGUCAUCAAAUAACAAUUGUCUGGCCCCCUCGACUUCCCACAACUGUGAAACUUUAAAUAGAUGAAAGUUAAAAAAAACCACCAAACUUAAAUGAAUAUUGAUCCUAUCCAUCAAAACUGUUAAAAAAAUAAAUCAACUUCUGCCAAGCCGCUUAUGCUCCGCUGAGCACCUGCCAGCCAAGUCUCCUUCCUUUAGUCCAGACUGUGAGGUCACUGCAGAGUUCUGUGAUGAUACAGCAAAGAACCUUCUAAGUCACGCAGGGAACAAGAAGGAGAAGCAAAGCUGGACUCAUGAAUCCCCAAGUAAGAGCUCUCUUUGGGGAGGUCUCCAUUCCAGACUGGCUUCAUGCUGCUGCUUUCUCUCUCUCUUUUCAGAGCCCAGAGGAUGCUUCCCAAACCAAAGCUGGUUCCCCAUUUACGCUGCUUCCUCGAGCUGAUGCCAUUCGAUCCAAGCUGAUCUACACCUUCUACCUGAUUGACCACCUUCAGGGACUGAGCCAUGCCAUCCCACGACACAAUAUCCAGGAUUUUCUUGACCCCAAGAAGCAGAGGAAGCUGAUGUUCACAGACCAUCACCAGCUGGUUCGUUUCAACAUAACCCCAGUGAGGAACACCAUCAUCACCCCAGAGAAACGCAUGCGCAACCGCAUCCAAGUGCGCUGCAGCCGCUGGCCUCCCCUGACCAUGUGGGCAUCCUGGGUCCUGAACAGUACCAUCUUCAAAAGCUUCAUCAUCUGUCUCAUCUUCCUGAACAUGCUGGUUCUUAUGAUCAAGAGCGAGGUGAUGAACAAGACGGAUGCCAGCCUGAUGAGCCUGAAGCUCACCUUAGAGGUGACCAUCUGGGUCAUCCUCCUCAUUUUUAUCAUGGAGAUUUUGCUGAAUUGGAUUGUCAGUUUCAGAGGCUUCUGGAAAAGCAGCUGGAAUGUCUUCGACUUCAGCGUUACCAUAGUGUCUGUGAUCCCCGAGUUCCUGGACUUGACUGGCAUAACCAACAAGAUAGCUGCCAUGAGAAUCAUCAGGGCCUUUCGCAUCCUCCGCACCUUAAAGCUCUUCUCCAAAUUCCGGCAAGUUCGGGUGAUCAUCCUGGCAAUAGCAAAGACCUUGAAGGCCAUGACCUUCAUCCUGCUGCUCUUGGUGGUUUUCUUCUAUGUGUUUGCUGUCUCUGGCAUCUUCUUCUUCGAGAGCUACAGUCGGUCAGACCGCACCGACCUGGAGUACAGCAUGUAUUUCAGGGAUCUCCCCAACACCCUGGUGACGCUGUUCAUCCUCUUCACCAUGGAUCACUGGUACGCCCUUCUCCAGGACACCUGGAAGAUACCCGAGAUGAAUAAGCUCAUCAGCAGCCUCUACGUCAUCCUCUGGCUGCUGAUUGGAUCCUUCAUGUUCAGGAACUUCUUUGUGGCAAUUAUGGUGACUAAUUUCCAGACAAUUCGGAGUGAUCUGGCUGAAGAGGUGAAGCAGAUAGAGGCUCAGAAGAAAGCAGAUUUAUUUAAAAUACAGAUUAGAGAGAGGUCUCAGGCCUCAGGCUUGGAGGUGGGCCCAGGAACAGAGGCAACCCCUAGUGCGCAGCAGUUGGAGUACAAGGUGGUAGUGAAGCAGAGCGUGAAGAACUUGGACUGGGAGACAUACAUCCACCAGAACCUGCAGAGCCUGGUGGAGGUAAAUGAGGAUGGGCAGGUGGCGUGGCCCAGUGAUUCCCUCUUCCGUUACUUCGAACUGCUGGAGCAGCUGCAGCACAACCUGGAAGAGCGCAAGAGGCUGCAGCAUUAUGCAGUCAUGGCCUUAUUGAACAUGGAGGACAAGUAGGGAGCCGCGUCCAAGGGGCUCUGUGCAGCAGGAGAGACCUUCCCACAAGGGGAGAAGUCAGCACCACUACGCUGUAGAGAUAACGACAGAACUGCCUGCAGGAACAGCUGUCUCAACCCCAUCCUCCCUCCCCAGCCUUCCGCAUUCCCCCUCCAAUCUCCAACCUAUCCUGCUGCAGGCUCAAGGCAGCUGACCUUAGAGGCUGUCUUAAGACCUGGGCUAAAUUAAACAGGAAGUAGCUGACCCUUGUACUUUUGGCAGCAUGUGCUCAUUACACAGCUGAUUCAGCCUUCCUCUCCAGGGUUCGGCCCUCCAUCCCCUUCCCUCUAGCUGUGGCUGUCCCACCUCCACUGCACAGCACAAGUGCCCCACAAGCCUGCCUCCCCUGUUCCCUUGGGGUGCUGAUGCAGGCUAACUGCACCACGGUUGGUAUGCUGGAGCCUCUGACCUCCAACAAGCAGGCUGAGUCUGGGGCAACUCAAGAACCAGCCUCCAAGCUGCAGGCCUUGCCUGGCCUGUGCUGGGGGGAGGGUGGAGAGUGCUUCCUCUCGGCUCUCUGCAGGAAGUGGCCAGCAGCGGCAGACAGGGAACGGAUAGCAGCGGCUGGAUUCUUUAUACAGCUGAGCAUCUCCAUGUAGUUUACAGGAUUCCCAUCUGCUCUUGCCCAUGGCAGCAGUUCCUUUGGGGCCAUCCAUUACUGGUGCCUCCCCCGUCUGCUAGCAUUGGGGGAGUAAAGAGGCAUGUGCUAGAGGUCAGCACUGCUAGUCUGGGAAGGGGGGGUGGGACUCUGUUCCCAGUUCCUCCAGGACAGGCUGCAAUAUCACAGGCAAGUCUCCCCCAUCUACAGAACAGGGAUAAGGCCCAGGUCACAGGAACACACCGAUUGAUUCUUCAGCCAGAGACCAGGCUCGUCUCAGCAAAGACCCUGUGCACUGCAUUCCCUGUGGUACCUGGGCUGUGACCCUGGGUACUGCCCAGUGCCACCAGUGGUUGCCUGGGGGCAGCAUCUCCUCCUCUGGCGCUGAGCCAUUGGGCCUGAAGAGCAGCCCCUGCCACUCAGGCCCACAGUCAAGUCUGCCUCCUCCUAAGGCUGCAAGGAGCUGAGACUUCACUCUCCAUUGCUCACUAGAGGUCACUACAGCACCAAGCAAUCCUGGCCCGAGACAGGGCUGUUCCCCCUGCCCCAGGCGGCUGCUCACAGGGCCAGUGCAGAGCAUUGUCCUGCCCUCCCUCAGUGCCAGGCCCCUGCUCCCUGCAUUCCUUUGCUCCGCUCCAGGCUGGGGCAGUGGUUUCAGGGCUGGCUCUGGCCCUGCCCAGCCACCACUCAAGGGCAUCUCACAGGAUCAGCUCUCUGCUUUUCCCAUGCGA